UUUCCAAAGUUGGAAAUUUCCUUACGGGAAACGCUAAAAACGGCGCCGUUCCCUCAUUAAUGAUUGCUGGAUUACGCCAUCGACCUAACGCUCCUCAUAACAGGAGCGGUGACGUUUCUAUCAUUUCGCUCUCUGCAAUUCCAUGGACUCCAAAGCUUCAACACCUCCAAUUCCUGCUUCCGAUGCUUCCCAGAAUCGCAAAACCCCAAUCCCACCGAAUCCCAAAGUCGACAGAGAUUUCCUGAACCAUCUCGAAGCUUACCUCGCAAAACGAGAUGGCGUCGACAAGCUCCUGAAGAUCUCGCGGUACGCCACCAAGAUCAUCCUCGCCUCCUCCGCCCUUUCCGAAACCCUAACCCUAACUCGCCGCCUCAAGAGCUUCGAGACCAACGUCGGCGUCAGCCGCAAAGCCUUCCGCCUCGGGAAAUUCGUCCAAGACGUGAACGCCCUUAGGAAUUCCCAUUUCGAUUCAAAGGAGGAGCUAGUCCUCUCCGUGAUCGCCUACGGAGGCGAGGGGUUGUACUACUUCGUCGAACAGUUCAUUUGGCUGGCCAAAUCGGGGCUGAUCGAUCCGAAACAUUCGCGAAAUCUGCAGAAGAUCAGCGCUUGGGCGGAGUUCAUCGGCUACCUCGGGAGCAUGUCGUUGAAAUUUAGGGAUUUGAAUCGGAUUUGCGAAGACGAGGCCUGUCUGGAAUCGAGCAUUGGGAUCGCGAUUACGAGAGGAAUCGGGUUCAAGGAAGAGAACGAGAGAUUGAGGAAGCUGAGGGAGAAGAAAUUGAUGAAGAGACUUUCGAUCGUUCAAGAUUUGGCCGAUGGAUUGAUGGCUUUGGCGGAUAUUAGGGACGGAAAGGGGCUGCUUUUGGGGCCUCUUUCGGUUUCGUGUGCGGGGCUGUUAUCGGCGCUGAUCAGCACCCACAAGAAUUGGAUAUCUUGCUAGAAUUGGUCAUCUUUUUUUCAAGGUAUUAUUGGUCGAUUGCUUUGUUUUAGAUAAUGAAUUUGGGCAAGAGGAUUAAUUAGAGUAAAAUCUGUUUUUUAUGUGGUAUUAUCGCCCUGCCCUUGGGAGGUAACAAACUAUAUACUCAAACAAUAAAAUGAUACAUUGAUAUUUGAUCUUGCGUAAGUUGGAUUUUUUGUUUUGGUUUUGCCUUCUGAAACAUGUAAAACUUAUGCUAGUGAAUGGAUAUUAAUUUCGUUAUAUUGUUGGAUGGGACUUUCUAGCAAAAAUAAAAAAAUAAUAAAAAAAAGUAUGGGACUUUAGUUUUUCUUCUGA